UCCUAUUGAUUCCGACGCUGCAAAUUCGAUUCGUGUUUUUUAUGAUGGAUUUGUCGCCAAACAACCAGAUCGAGGACAGAAAACCCAUCCUAACCGCCGACGGCCUGGUCCAGACUUCGAACUCCCCCUUCGAGCCGACCAUAUCGCAGGAGACGCAAACAUCCAACGGAAUCGGUGGUGGUCAGUGCCAGCUGACGGUCGACCAGUUGGACAUCGAGAUUCUGCCGAUUAUCUACGACAUUGUGCGCUGCGUGGAGAAGGAUCCGCUGGAGAACGCCGUUAAGCUGCGCGAGUCCCAGGAUUGCAACCACAAAAUCUUUGAGCUACAAAAACGCUUCGAAUCGGCGCGCGAGCAAAUCCGCCAGCUGCCCGGGAUCGAUUUCAACAAGGAGGAGCAACAACAGAGACUGGAACUGCUGCGAAAUCAGCUUAAGCUCAAGCAGCAGCUGAUUCGCAAGUACAAGGACACAGAGUUCUAGGCGGUGGUA